CGUCACAACGUCAGAACCCAGCCUACUGGUGCUGAGGCUGAGGAUGAGGAGGAUGAAGACGAUGGCGGUGAUACAGGAGCAAGGCUGAGUUCACCCUCCCUCUUCUCUCUUCCCCCCUUUUUUUAUACCCCCAUCCAAUUUCCAGUUUGGACCACAUCAAAUAAAAGGGCACCCUUCGGACGCCGUAACGAUCUUCACCGCCCUCGUGUCUCCUGAGCCGAGACCGAGAUGGGGAACGAGGCGAGCAUGGAGGGCGGCGGGCAGCCCGGAGAGGCCGGGAUGAUGGGCUCCGUGAUGCCCGGAGGACGCGCGACCGCAGGGCCGGGAGGACAGCACGUGAAACCCGUCAACGGCUCGGCUGCCGGCGGAGGGAUGGGAGUCGGAGGCCCCGGGAUGGGGAUGACGAGGGGACCAAUGGCUCAGAUGGGUAGCCCCAAACCUGGCAUGCAACAAGGAGUUCCAGGGGGAGGAGGGAUGGGAGGUAUAGGAAGUGGGAUGGGUGGAGGAAUGGGAGGUGCAAUGGGAGGCGGAAUGGGAGGUGGGAUGGGAGGAGGGUUGGCCACAGGAGGUGGAAUAGGCUCUCGAAGCGGUGAGCCUUAUCGCCUGGCGACCCAUGACACGCCAACCUCCCCUCGUCAUGUGCAGUCAGUCCAGGGGUCCGGCACGGGGCCGGGCUCCAUCCACGGGAUGAGUCACAGCCCAGCUGGUACCGGCAUAAGCGCCCAUGCAGGACAGAGUCCCGGCCAGCAUGCCUCCAGAAGAAACCUGCAAGUCGACUUCAACAGUUCGGGCGGCUCCAGGACGGGCCGAUCCCCCUCGGUGUCGCCGGACCGCGGCAUGACACCCACAUCACCCUACUCUGUGCCACAGAUCGCGCCCAUGCCAAAGAGCAAACUGUGUCCAGUGUGCACCACCACAGAGCUCUCCAACCCACCAGCUGUGCCCAACUACAACAUCUGCACGCAGUGUAAAGCCACUGUGUGUAACCAGUGUGGAUUCAACCCCAACCCACACCUCACUGAGGUCCAGGAAUGGCUGUGUCUCAACUGUCAGAUGCAGAGGGCUCUUGGUAUUGAUAUGACCACUCCUCGCUCGAAGAGUCAGCAACAGAUCCAUUCGCCGUCCCACCAAGCGAAACCUCUCGUCCAGCCUCAGCAGGCUGCACCGCAGCCAACACAGCCGACGACUGCAGCACAGCCCAAACCUUUGGCACAGAGCCAGCCCACCCAGCAACAGCAGCAGCAACAACCACAAACUCAACUCUAUGGACAGAACCAGUCCUACUCUCAGUCACACCCAUAUCCACAGUCCCAAGCAUACCCCCAGUCACAGACAUAUUCCCAGUCCCAGUCAUACCCGCCAUCUCAGCAGUAUCCUCAAUCCCAGGAUUAUCCCCAGGCCCAGGAGUAUCCCCAGUCCCAACAGUAUCCUCAGUCCCAACAGUAUACCGAGUCCCAGCAGUACCCCCAUACGCAACAGUACUCCCAGCCCCAACAGUACCCCCAGUCCCAGCAGCAUCCACAGUCCCAGCAGUAUCCGCAGUCUCAGCAGCAUCCCCACUCUCAACAGUUCCAUCAUUCCCAACAGCAUCCGCAGUCUCAGCAGUAUCCCCAGGCUCAACAAUAUCCUCAGGCUCAGCAGCAACCUUACCAACAGUCCCAAUCCGGACUCCAGGCUCAGCAGCAGCCUUAUCAACAAUCCCAGUCCGGAACCCAGGCUCAGCAGCACCCUUACCAACAGUCCCAAUCUGGUCCGCAGGCUCAGCAGCAGCCUUACCAACAGUCCCAAUCUGGACCGCAGGCUCAGCAACAGCCUUACCAACAGUCCCAAACCAUACCCCAAGCUCAGCAGCAGACUUACCCAGCAUCACAGUUCGGACCUCAGGGUCUGCAGCAGCAGCAGCAGCAGCUGCCUUAUCCACAGCCACAGUCUGGACCCUUGGGCCAGCAAUAUCCACAGACUCAGCAGUAUCCGCAGGCUCAGCAGCUGCCUUAUCCACAGUCCCAGGCAGGGCCCCAGACACAGCCUCAGAAUUCACAAGGCCUGCACAGUCACACUUCUUCCAGUGGCCCACAAAGCCAGACGGGUCCCUCUCAUCAGGGUAUGAGAUCUGACUCAUAUUCCCAGAAAGGUCCAAGAGCUGGUGGAGGUUCUGCAGGAGGCCCCAACCAACCUGGUGGCCCAAGGAUCCCCCACCCUGGUGCUGUACCCCUCCCCGGCUUGACAAAAGCACCCUCUCAACCCGAUUUGGGUCGUGGCUCUCCCAUGCACCAGUCUAUGGCACGGCACCAUGACCACACCAGAAGCGCUGGUUCCUCUCCAGCUCACAAGCCCCAGACCCAGGCUCAUCCUCCAGCCCAGGAUGGACUGACCAAGCUAUUUGGUUUUGGGGCUUCCUUGCUCAACCAAGCGAGUACACUGAUCAAUGUCGACCCUUUGCCCACCUCUUCCACUCAUCCCGGUCCCGCACGAGGCAAGGUGGUGUUCAGUAAUGCGACCCCUGACAACAAGCAGCCACAACAAGUGGUCUCAGGUGCUAAACAAUUUGGCAUGGGUGGCCCCCAUGCACCAAACCAAAUGGGUGGCCCUCGUUCAUCGAACCAAAUGGCCGGCCCCCAUGCACCGAGCCAAAUGGGUGGUCCGCAUGCACCGAGCCAAAUGGUUGGUCCGCAUGCACCGAGCCAAAUGGGGGGUCUGCAUGCACCGAGCCAGGUGGUAGGGCCACACGCACCAAAGCAACAGCAACAGACUGUACCCCAACAACAAGGAAUGCCGCAACAGCAGUCGCCCUCCCUUCAACAGAAGGAUCCACAGCAACCUCAAGGGCAGCAACAUCGACAAAUGCCAUCACAUGUGCAGAAGGCGGAGCUAAAGCAGGAGCCUGCAAUUGCUCCCACCGCAGCCCCGGAGCCAGUGAAGCCCAAAGUGAACUGUCCUCUGUGUAAAACAGAGUUAAACAUCGACACUUCUGACCCACCCAACUACAACUCGUGCACGCAAUGCCACACUCAAGUGUGCAACCUGUGCGGCUUCAACCCGACACCACAUCUGGUUGAGAAAAAAGAGUGGCUGUGUCUAAACUGCCAAACCCAGCGGUUGAUGUCCGGCGGAGGUCUCGAUGAGCCUCCUCUGGCUGUUCCUCACCCAUCCCCAAAACAUCAGCUCAAUGGGUCACCACGCCACCAGGCCCCAGCGAGUCAACAAAGUCCUCUCCACAAAGCCGCCAGUCAGCAAGAGUCCAAGCCAGCCCAGCCUCAGACACCAAAACCACAGUCGGGAACUGGAGAUAGCGAACAGUUUGGGUCGAAUGCUGCCAAGCUGCCGACAGACACCAAGAACACCGUAGCGGUGACGUCAACUGGACCAACAGUAGAGACCCAGAAGAAGACGAAAACCACCGACGAAAAGCUGAAAAUGGAGCCUGAAAGCCAAACGGCCAAAGAUGCCAAAACCACAUUCAAGAAAGGAGAUCAAAUCACACCAAUCAAGGAAAUUAAGAAGUCGAGGCAUUACGACGAAACAAAAAACAGCACGCAUGACUUGUCACGCAGCCCACAGAGCCUCAGUGAUACCGGUUACUCCUCUGACGGCAUCUCCAGCUCUCACAGCGAAAUCACAGGACUAAUUCAAGAGGAGGAGAUGAAACUGAGUGAGAGGGGCAUCAGCGGGCGGGGCUCUCCACCAAGCCCUUCAGAAAUUACCAAGCUGGAAAGCUCUGUGAGGCCUUUGCUGGAGAAGAGCCUUUCCGAAGACAAAGCGGACAGAAGAGGAAGGAGGCUAAGUGAUAGAGACUUGGAUGACAGAGGGAAGCAGCGCCCGCGCUCUUUGUCAAUCCCACCGGAUGCAUACGACUCGGAUGAGGAACUUGAAGACAUAAUGGAGGAAGAUGAAGAUGGAGGAGACUGGGAGGGUAAACGGAAAGAAGGGAAGGAAGAGAAGAAGGAAAAGAAGAAGAAGGACAAGGACAAUGAGCCCACAGAGAUGACCGAUGAGGAGUUCAUGAGGAGACAGAUCAUGGAGAUGAGCGCUGAUGAAGGAAAUGAUGAGGAGGAAGAAAUGGAGGAAGAUGAAGAUGAGGAAGAUGAAGGCUACGGCUAUGAACGAAAGAAAAGCCACCAUAAGCACAUCGUAACCGACACGGCAAAAGAGAAACGCCGCCUACAGCACCACUCUAGCAGUUUUGAGGAGGAAACAAAAAGCGCCACUGAUGUUUACAAAAGCUCCGUGGAGGAGGGUGAGGAAGAUCUGAUGGCGUCGCAAGGCGGUCUGAGGCGCUUUAAAACAAUCGAACUCAAUAACACCAACAGCUACAGCCGAGACAUUGAGCUCAGUCACGAAAAUGACUUGAGCCUUGACCGAGAACCUGAACUGGAGAUGGAAAGUCUGACCGGCUCUCCCGAAGAGCGCUCUCGGGGUGACUACUCUUCCACUCUUCCGCCAACUUCCGCAUCCUCUUACGGCUCAGGCCAGUCUCCUACGUCCAUCUCGUCAAUGGAAGAGGACAGUGACAGUAGCCCCAGCAGGAGACAAAGGUUGGAAGAGGCGAAGCAACAGAGAAAAGCGCGGCAUCGUUCUCAUGGCCCUCUCCUUCCUACAAUUGAAGACUCUUCAGAAGAAGAUGAAUUGAGAGAAGAAGAGGAACUCCUGAGAGAGCAGGAGAAGAUGAGAGAAGUUGAACAACAAAGAAUCAGAAGCACGGCGCGCAAGACCAAGCGGGAUAAAGAGGAGCUGAGGGCUCAACGACGUCGAGAAAGAUCCAAGACACCGCCCAGCAAUCUUUCACCCAUUGAAGAUGCUUCUCCGACAGAGGAGUUGAGACAAGCUGCCGAAAUGGAAGAACUCCAUCGUUCCUCUGCCUCUGAAUACUCCCCUCAGAGUCUGGAUUCGGAAGCUGAGGGCUAUGAGUCCAAACUUUACAAGUCAGGCAGUGAGUACAACCUUCCUACCUUCAUGUCCCUUUACUCACCAAUUGAAAAAUCAUCGAUCACAACCACAAUAGCGCCAUCGAGCACUUCCAAGCCACUGAAGAGUGCCGAGGAGGUAUAUGAAGAGAUGAUGAGGAAGGCGGAGAUGCUUCAAAAGCAACAGAAACAGCAGCAGCCGUCUCCAGUGAGACAUGGUCAGUACUACGAAGAAGACAUUAACGGGCAAGGUUAUGAUGCCGAGUAUGACGAUGAACAAGAUCAAACGGGAUAUGACAAUGACGCAGUUGAGAUGGAAGCUGACAUUUAUGAGGAGAUUCGACAAACAUCUCAGAACAUCACAAAGAUGCAGCAGGCCACUGAUGAGCAAGUAGAAAUUGAGAGCUCCUACCCAGACAAGCAAUUUCUCGACACAGGUUCCGCCUUUGCAAAACUACUGGAGCAAAGCAAUGCCCUUUUAACUCCAGGAACCAGCCCCACGCAGCUCUCCGCACCUGUCUCAUUUGCUGAAACGGGAGGGCGCAUCCCUGAUGUUCGAGUCACUCAACACUUUGCUUCAAAGGACAGACACAAAGACAGAUUAAAAAACCAAGCGGGGAAAAAUGGAAUAACCCCAACAGUAGCUGCUACUACAAUAGCAGCUUAUGGAGUUUAUGCGAGAGAUGCUGUAACAAUUUCUCAGACAAGUCCAGGCAACACUAUAACAUCCACCCAGUCUUCUAUUUAUGGCAGACACGCAAGUCCUGCCACAUCUUCAGCGACAGUCUCAAGUGUGUGCAGCAAGAUUGCAGAGAUUACCCAAGCCUAUAGUCAAAGAGAGGUCAUCACCAGAAGAGUCGGGGACACUCGAGGUGUAGCGCUCCGAGAUAGCCCAGCAGCUGUUAACGAGCGAAUCAAUGAGCCACGCUCUCCAAAGUAUACAACUUAUUACAGGAGCACCAGCCCUCCCCUUUCUCCAUCCCCACCACCGCAAAGUCCUACGCGCUCCCCUUCCAGGAGAGCAACAGCUGAGUUCUCCACACAGACUUUCAAUUCAGCACUACAAAUGGACUCGGGAGGUUCUGGGCCUACUUCACCAGUGAUGGCUCAAGGAACCCAAACUUCACAUAGAUCGGUCUCCCCACGGCUCUAUCGGCAGCAAUCAUCCCAGGAUGUGCCAUACUCUCCACCUGCAAGUCCAGCUCGUCCAAUGACUGUCAACACGGCGACAUCCCCUCUGUCUUCCCCCACACGAUUUAGCCGUCAAUCGACAUUCGAUUCUUAUUCACCGUGUGGUAGCCCUCCAGAUACGCCUCCUUACCAACAUUCACCGACACGCAGCUUCUACAGAACACAAAGAAUCGAAAAGGUAAAUGUUGGAACAAGUAUGGUUACCACGGCCAGUAUUUAUACACGAGGUUCCAUUUCUAUGGAUAAUAUCUCCCUCUGCCGCAUAUCUACAGUUCCAGGCACUUCUAGGGUUGAGCAAGGCCAUAUGAUACAAGGUGGAAGUGUUGUGGACCUCAGAACAGUCACCAAACCUACCCCAGUCAUCAUGACUGAUCAAGGAAUGGAUCUCACCUCUCUAGCCACUGAAAGCAGAAAAUACCACGGUGGAUCAGAGGGGAGCAGACAGUCAACAAUCGUACAACCUAUGAUUAUGAACCUAAAUGCCCAGGAGGCCAUUACACCAACCACUGUGAGUGUAACUGUGGCAGCUUCCAUGUUUAUUUGCCAGCCCAAACAACCAAUGGUCUAUGGCGAUCCCUAUCAAAAUAGAGUGGAUUUAGGUCAGGGUAUGGGUUCGGCUGUGUGUUUUUCCCAGAACAAACCCCCUCUAUCACCUCCAAUGGACCCAUCGAUACCAAAAAUUGAUGCAAAACUUGAAGACCUGAGUAUUCAACAGAAAGAACUACAAAAACAGCAAGAGAAGUUGCAAAUGCAGCAAGAGCUUCUCGAGCAGCAGUUACAGCAACAUCACCAUAUGCAACAACAACAGCAACAGGCAUCUGUUUUGGCUCGGUAUAACCUUUCUGGCCAGAUCUCACCCUUGCUGAAAAAAGACUUGCUGGUCAGCCAGACCAGCACUGCCUCCACUGUUGUCAGUGCUGUAUCACCUGUCCUCAACCCCGAGAUGUAUGGCACCGGGCCCAUUGAGCUGAAAGGAAAGCCCAGUCCUCCUGGCAUGAUUACAGGCGGGAAAUCGCCACAUAGUAUGGUAGUACAGAUAGAUUGUGGCCAAGAGCAAGUCAGGGCAGUGACCCAACUUAUAAAAGUAGAGGAAGGACAGGAUGCUGCAGAACUGUCAGGAGGCCAGAUUAAACCUGACAACCAAACAGCUUGCUGCGAUGUUGUUUACAGACUGCCUUUUGGUGGAAGCUGUGUUGGUGGUUCAGAGAAAGAGGGCAUAAGGCCUCCUUCAGCUCCACCUCUUUCCUAUGAUUCUGAUCAAGAAAGACAUCCUGGAAAAUAUCAUGAGUAUCCCAUGGGAGGGCACAAGUCCUACACAUUGCCUUAUCCUGGUAGGCUUCAACCUUCAAUGUCUGAUACAAACCUGGCUGAGGCAGGGCUACAAUCCUACCAUUCUAAACUAGAACCGCAUCUUCAAGCCAAAGGAGAACUUGCAAUGGAUCUAAACGCUGUAAAACAUGGCUAUGGGGGAUAUAUUGGGAUGCAGUAUGGCUCAUACACAGAUUUGCGUCAUGGAGGAGAACUCUCUGCCCCAACAUUGCCCAUACGUCGAUACAAUUCCUUGUCUAACAUCAAUUCCGACUAUGGCUACUCUCCUCGUGACAUUGCCAAUUUCCAGGAAGCUAAUUUAGCCCAGUACAGCGCCACAACUGCCAGAGAGAUCAGCCGAAUGUGUGCCGCACUCAAUUCGAUGGAUCGCUAUGGAAGCAACCCAGACUUGAUGCAGUUUGGGAGUUUGGGCAGAGGAACCAGCCCUGCAACUUCAAGACUAUCAGCUGGCCUUGGCUUGAGACAAAAUCUGCUUUUUGGAUUAGAUGGGAAGCCAUUAUCCCACAACCAAGCACUUACAAACCUCAUCAAUGCCAGACAGGCCAGUCUUAGGGCAAUGUACCCUGCAGCCAUUCGCUCCUCAGAUGGGAUGAUCUACUCCACCAUUCAGACACCCAUUGCUUCUACCUUACCAAUCACAACUCAACCCGCUUCUGUUCUUCGACCGCUCCUGAGAGGUGUUUACAGGCCUUACCCAUCUCCCAACAUGACACCUGUGCCCCUAUCUAGUCUCACCAGAUUACCAAUGACUCCCCGAAUGUCUGGGCAGACCCCGGUCCGUUACCUUGGACCGGGUCUUCUCCAAACAACGUCAAUCUCUGCUACCUUUGCUGAUGCAAUAACAACCUUAGCACCAACGAGUGCCCAGGUAUCCGUUCCCUUGACUGUUCCACCAUCUACAGUCCAAGAUGAACCAGUUUACCUUGGGAAAGGGGCUGUUGUAACCACUUCAUCUGUAGAGGUCACAUCAGCUGACGCACAGCAUCAACCGAUAAACAUGUCCCAAGCGCACCUGAACAGUCAACAGCAACAACAACAGGCACAAGCAACAACCGGUCAAUGUUACACAACAGUCGCCCCUCCAGAUUCCACGACCAUUUUACCAGUAGCGGGGACUCUACCUCCUUUCCCCCCACCUGGUGCUGUACACAAAGAGGGUGAAACUGAGGCAGAAAGGCUGCAUCGGCAGCAGGAGCAGCUUCUGCAGAUGGAAAGGGAGCGCGUAGAACUGGAGAAAAUCCGGCAACUGCGCCUGCAGGAAGAGCUGGAGCGAGAAAGGAUUGAGCUGAAGCUGCACAGAGAGAAGGAGCAUAUUCUGGUGCAGAGAGAAUUACAGGAGCUGCAGAACAUCAAGGAGCAGGUUCUACACCAGCAGCAACAAGAACGGGAGAAACAACUUGUUGUCCAGAGGGAACAGCUCGCCCAGCAGAAGUCCCAGCUUGACCAGAUCCAGUCCUUGCAGCAACAGCUCCAGCAGCAGCUUGUAGAACAGAAGCGACAGAAAACAGCCACCGCGGUCCAGAACUUGCAGAUGGAUAUCAAUGGACAGCCUCUACACCCUGAUACUGACCAUCAAAUCGGAUCCCGCUCCCUCCCCAACUCCUCCUCAGAGAUGUGUCUGAGGAGUCAUGAGGAGCAUGUGGAGAACCAGAGCAACAUGAGGAAACACAACUCCAUGACCAAGCUGAGCCGAGACAGUUUGGACGGAGACGGCGUGGUCUUCCAUGUUUCCCCUCGCAGGAAUGUGGACAGUUGUGUGCAGACAGAUGAUGAAGAUGGGGAGGAGAGGUACAUGAUGCGUCAUCGAACCAGGCGGCGUGGUCGCAGCGUGGACUGCUCAGUUCAGACAGAUGAUGAUGACGACAAGGCUGAAACAGGGCAGCCCGUCCGCCGCCGACGCUCUCGUUACUCACGACAUUCCGAUUCCAGCGGAACUGCCACAAGCACGUCUGCUACUGACACGAAAACCAGCACCUCCAAAACGGUAUCCUCCAGCAUAGCCAUCCAAACCAACAGGGAAAUGUCCUGCCAAACCGAAGUGGAGCACCUCGGAAGAGUUUCGCCCGCAAUCCAUGUGACGUUACCAGAUCCAAAUAAAGUAGAAAUCGUGCACUACAUCUCAGGACCUGAACGGACAAAAAAGGGACAGUCGCUAGCAUGCCAGACUGACCCAGAAGCCCAGUCACAAGGUGUUGUCGCUCCCCAGCUGAGCAUACCAACCACGGUGAGCCCGUAUUCUUCCUCCACCAGCAGCGGAACUCAACUAUCUGGUUCCACUGACAUAUCGACACAGCAGCGCCAGCAGCAGCAGCAUAUCACAGCAAAUGCAGCCAAGUUUGAGCGCCGACGCCCUGACCCGCUCGACAUUAACUACCAGCCCAACAACCACCUGCACAAUGAGUCCAUUUCGAGCAUCAUCCGGCAGCAGCAGACGGUCCCAAAAUCCCCACAGGUCCUCUACUCACCUGUCUCGCCAGUGUCACCUCAUCGCCUGUUGGAGAAUUCACUAUCAAGUGAGAGGCUGAACAAGGCCCAUGUCACACCUCAGCAGAAAGCAUACACUGCAGAGUCCCCCCAGCGACAUCCCUCUAUGCCCAGACCAAUCAAGACCGCCCAAAGAUCCAUGUCAGACCCCAAAUCUCUCAGUCCUACUACCGAUGAGCACACGAAGGCUAGGCUGUCCCUCUAUCAACAACAAGCCCUACAGAACCAGCUGGCAGCCCUUCAUCAGAGCUCGCUGCUCCGUAAGGUCAAGAGAACCCUGCCCAGCCCUCCUCCAGAAGAGACGACUGCAUCAGUUCAUCUGCCUCUGAUGACACCUGCCCUCCAACAUGUCUACUUACCAUCCGUGCCCAGCCUCAAGCCCAGCUCUAGGUCUGGCCUAGCUGCCAAAGCCAGCCUUCUCAAAGACCUCACCCAUGAGCUGAAAGCAGUGGAGCAAGAAUCGACAAAGCUGAGAAAGCAGCAAGCUGAACUGGAGGAGGAGGAGAAGGAGAUUGAUGCUAAGCUGAGAUACCUCGAACUAGGGAUUCACCAAAGGAAAGAAACGUUGGUCAAGGAGAGAGAGAGGAGGGAUAUUGCUUAUCUGAGAUGUAUGGGUGAUGCUCGGGACUAUAUGUCUGAUAGCGAGUUGAACAACCUACGACUGGCAGCUGCAGCUGCAUCGCAUGAGACCAAUGGACUGUUGACAACAAGACCAAGUACUGCUCCCCUCAGCCAGUUUAGCAAUGACCUGAACACAGCAGCUCAGUACACGGCCACAUCAUCUUUCCAUUCUCAAUACCCCCAGAGCCAACCCGCAGCACCAACUCAAUCAAGUUUACCCUUCCAGUCCUCAACAUUCAACCAGGCUCCUUAUCCAACAGUGUCUCAGUCCCAGGCCUUACCACAGCCAGCUCCCCUCCAGAGUCAUGUUCACCCGUCAGGACCAUCCUACCAAACUCAAACCUCAUACUCUACCCACAGCUACCCCCAAACUCAACCCCCGUACCCCCAAACAGACAUAGGGUUACCAAGUGCACCGCAACCGCAGCCCCAACCAGGGCACACAGGUUUUGGGCCCGCACCACCUGGUCAGCCCCCAUACCCCACCCACAGCUCACCUUAUCCGAGUGCUGUGUCCUCUUACCCCAGCCAGAGUGCCCCUUACCCUGGGCAACCUCAAACAGAUAUUUUGACAGUACAUCAAGGAAGGCCCAGGCAAACGUCACUGGCCGAUCUGGAGCACAAGAUGCCCACCAAUUACGAGACAAUCAGCAACCCUACAGUCGUGGUUACCACCACGGCGCAGGAGUGCACCUAUUCCAGUUCAGCCGCCUCAUUUGGUCAAUACACUGGCAUAACAACCAUGGCCAACUAUGGACCCUAUGGCUCAGCGACCGUGUCCAGUAGUUACGGUGGGUUUUCUACCAUUCCACCCAGCACUUAUGGACAGUAUACAUCACCAACAGUUAGUUCGUAUGGCCAGUACACCACAACCACUGCUAAUGCAUAUGGGUACACAGCAACAACAGCCAGCUCAUAUGGACAGUACACAUCAACGGUUUCCAAUGCCUAUGGCCAUGGUGUGGAUAGUCCCUCCACCUACAGUACAGCAGAUGGCAUGUACGGGGCACCAGGUUUAGAACAAAAUAUCCCAAGGAACUACAUGAUGAUAGAUGAUGUAAGUGAGCUGACGGCAAAAAACGGGCUGGGCACGACAACAGGGGACAUGAUGCAUCACGGCGGCACGGGGCGUUACCCUGGAGACACCCAUGGUCACAGCGGCACCAUUGGCAGCACGACGCGUGGGGGAACUGGCAGCGCCAUGUACGGCAGGGCACCCGAGGAGGAGGCAGCGAUGCAGGAAGAAUUGUACGACCACCAUGGCAGGGGUAAGAGCAGCUACAGGCACGGACCUCUAGGGGGCAGCAGCAGCGUGAGCACUAGCAUGGGUGGGGGAUCGCCCUAUUACUAUGACUACGACUACAAACAUGGCAGCUUUCGAUCUGGGGUGCAGAAAUCGUCGUCCCCCAGAAGCCUUUUGGCUCCUGCUGUCAUGUCCACCAAACGCAGCAAACACAGGAAACUGAGCAGCAUGGAGCAGAAAAUCUCCAAAUUCUCCCCCAUUGAGGAGGCUCGGGAUGUCGAGGCAGACCUGGCCGCCUAUUCUUCAGCAGCUGGUGGGGGUUACUCCUCCCACAUCCGAGGACGGCAGUUGAUAGAGGACUACGGCUUCAAGAGGAGUACUUACGACAGUGGCAGUGGCAUCACCCAUGGUAGUCGAUACUUUGGCUCAAUGGGAGAGGAGGACGACAGGAUUUACUACACUUCCAGUGGCCGUUCCCGCUCCACCGGCUACGGCAUGGACAAGAUCACUGCCAGAGACUACUCUGGGUACCGCAGCAGAUCCUAUGAGAGGGAUGACCGAUCCUACCGAUCUGGCUAUAGUCGAGGGCGCCACCCAACCAGGCAGUACUCUGAAGAGGAGAGCCCGCUCAGUCCCCUGGGGAGAUUCAUGGGCUCCGGGCGAUCAUCAAGCUUAGGUCCCGACCCAUAUGACAGCCGCAGCACUAAAUACCAUUACUAUUAUGGCCAGUAUGGUUCCAGUCACUCUUUGCCAGAUGUGCAAGACCACAUACGGGACCUACCCCGGACCCAUGUCUACAAGUCGGAUGAUACAUACAUAAUAGACGAUUAUCAUUGUGCUGUGUCAGACAGUGAAGCCUGCAUGCCGCUGUCUCCGAACGACAUGGAGAUUGACUGUGAUCUGCUUUCGGUUUCCAAAGCCUACCAUCUGGGCCAGGAAGAGACAGACUGGUUUGAGAAGCCACGUUCCAGUUCUCGACAUUACGGCAGCAGCCACGCAUCGGGAAGGAGUCGUCAUGGUGUCAAACACACCUAUCACGAUUAUGAUGAGCCGCCCGAGGAGGACCUGUGGCCUCAGGAUGAGUACGGCCAUGGAGGACGACACUCUUCGUCCACCCGCGACCACCGACAUCAUGGCAGCUCAAGUCGGCACUCAUCCUCUUCACGUCAUUCAGAUGAACCAAGAUCCUCUCGGUCAUCUAAGGGACACCCAAAAGAUCCGUCCGUGCGGCACGAUCCUUCAGGGCGUUCUUCAUCUUCAGGAAGACGUGGUGAUUCUAGGUCGGGAGCCUACCACUCGUCGGACUACUCUCGGGAUCCGUCCGGCCACCAUCACAGUCAGAGAUCUUCUAGGCAAGGGGAUCCGCACCGCUCAUCACGCAGCAAGUCUCAGCAACAAGUUGACAUGCAAGGCCAGCCAACAGGUACUUCCAGGUCUGGCUCUUCUUCAAGGGGACAGGGUACUGCAGGUGGUCCUACAGGAUCCGGGCGACAGGUUGGCCAGGUUUCCCAAAACGAUGGUGUCGCAGGACAGAGGACGCAGCUCCAACAGCAAGCCCAGACUUCAACGGCAAGGCCGGGUCACCAAGGGCCCCCAACAACCACCGGUACUCAGCCACAGCCCCCAGCCCAAGGACAAAGCAUGGGUGGGGGGCAGGGCCAGGCCAAACCCGGGCAAAUAGGAGCAGCGGGUGGAGCCAUGGGACAAGCCAGGCAGACAGGUCCCACGGGAACAACAACUGCCCCCAUGAUUGAGACACCUCCAGUGACGGCCAUCGGAGCAAAGGCGGCCCCCGUCAUGGCCUCAAAAGGAGCUCAACCGCCACUCACGGGCAUAGGUUCCAAAGCUGUUCCAAGACCCGGAGGCAUCGGCAGUGCGGCAGCGGGGCAGCCGGGUAUGGAGGGAGACAGCAUGUUGUCCAAGAUUCUGCCAGGAGGAGCUGCAGAGCAGGCUGGCAAACUCGGAGAAGCUAUAUCCGGCUUUGGCAAGAAGUUCACCUCUUUCUUCUAAAGUGCUAAAUAUAAGGACUAUGUAAAAUCUCAAAGCCAUGAGACCUCGUACCAGACAAACCUGCAACAACAUUGCUCUUGUUUUUCAUUCCAUGAGAGAGAGAAAGAGAAGGAGCGGGCAAAGGGCAGCAUCAAGCAUGCAAAUCAUUCCAGGGGUCGAAUCGUCAAUCCAAAAGGUCACCUUGACUCAUGUACAACCAGUCAAUCAUGUGGAUCCGGCACAUCCGCAAGCAUGACUGGGAGAAGAUGAAUGAUGCAACGUAUGCAGUCGACUUCAUCGCUCACUACUGGGGGGACUUUGGCAUGCUUGGUUCUCAUCCAACAAAGCAGUUUCGCUCUUCUUCCUCUUCCUCUCAUCUGAAGAAUUAGGAAGAAAAAGAGACAUCGAAAAAGUGCAGCGCAGGUUUUUCUGGUACCGACCACCUCUUUGUUUCUUCACGUGCCCAGUUCAGAGAAACGCAUCAAUGACGAAUGUCAACGGCGACUUUCUCUUUCGAUCUACAUUCCAGAUUGUGACUCCUUCUUCCGCGCUUCGUCUAAUUCAGUUUUGUAAUCCCCAACCCCCCCUCAAUUCUCCUUAAUUUGUCUUUCAAAAAGUGUAUAGUGGAGGGGGCGAGAGGAGAAUUUGGAAUGCAUGGAACUUUAUAUCCAAGACCUUUACACUGUUGGUCAUCAUUAAACAGAGGCCAUAAAGACACUGGCAAAUGCAUCCGAGCUCAACUACACAAACGGGAGCGAAAUGGAAAUGGGAUACUAAAAAAAAAAAAAAAAAAAUGCAAGAAUUUACUGUAUAUUCAGAGGGAAGCCGCUUGGUUUCAGCCAGUUUUACGUUUCCCAUGUUUGCGUUGUUAUUUUGUUCCGUUGCAGCACUGCCUUAGUUAUUUAUUUGUAUGUUAUUUUAACAUGAAAGCGGACCAUUUUUUUAUGACAUCCAAGAACACACCUCAUUUUCAUAUUUUUGUAUCCGCGAGCAAUGGGAUUCAUUUCUAUUUUUGUAAUCAUCACCUUUUUUUUCUAUUUGUGUCACUUUGGUUGCCAAGCUCCCUUGAUUAUUAUUGUUUCCCUGUUCACAGUUGUGGAAUUCUGAAUGAUAGCAAAGCAAUAGAAUUAAGGGAGCCGAGAUGGUCAAGAGCACAACGGUGUCUCAUUUGAAAAAGUAGAAACGUGUUGCCUCUAAAUUAUCAGUGAUUUGGCGCUCAGCAAUCAGCAUAUGAGGAAACUUAACACCCCCCCCCCCCCUUCCAUCCUUUAACCUCAACCUCUCAAAGGUGUCCUACAGUUAUGGCUUACUAAUACAGUGUAACGACCUGCUACCAAUCACGGUGGGACAUCUCUAGCCAUGAUAUGGCCAAGAGCACUGCAGGCCAGCAGAGAUGCAUUGAAGAAGUAGACGCCGGACUUGGCAUCCUGCGAUGGCUUUCGGGGUCACUUUGGUCUAACCUUGCCCCGCAACCACUGCCACUUCCUCCUGAGUUCAGACCUCGCACUUGAUCAGCAUGUGUCUUCACUCAAGUCGAAUGUGCACGGCGCACAUGAAAGCACAUUUGAAAAUGGUGUCAAAAGAAGAGGGGGAAAAAAAGGAACCAAAAAUCGCUUUUUUUUUCUAUCACACCCUGACCUACAACCUAUCUCAGUUGUUAUGGAAACUACUCAGGUCAGUCCCCUCCCUCCUGCUGGUGACGCUCCUGCAGUGCAUUGUGGGAUCUGUGCUUUGCUUGUACGCCACACGACAGCAACAACAAACGUACUGUCCAGGCCAAACGUGAUGAGCAGAAAUCGAAACUUGUGUUGUAUAUUGUCCGUGUGAAUGCUCGCCGGUGACCUUCGCAUGCUGCCCGGCGUUGAUACAAAAUAGCCACCAAAAAAAAAAAUCUCAAAGUCACCUCUAUAUUGUUCUGUUCCUAAAAUUUGUAUGAAUGUGCGUGAGCGUGGCACUUCUGUUCGUAUAUGUCCGCCGAUGAUGAACAUAAAAAGAAAAACUGUUCACUCGCCACAGGUAUGGUACGGGGCUAAAAAGAAAGGCGACCUUUCAUCUCCAAUCGUUCUAUGCAAUAAAUCCCAUUUGGUAACUGUACAAAUCGAAGCGAGAAUAGUAGGGGAAUACAAAUAAAACAAAACACCAUUGUCGCCGAACGCUCGGGUUUUGCCGCUGUCAUUGAAUAAUAGUAAAGAUGUUGAUUUUAGCGUGAUCAGCUAGGCUGGGUUUUGUGGUAUUAAAGGAGCUGUUAACCCUCAUAAUCUUUUUUUGGGGGGGGGGCGUCAAUUUAACCCCAUGCAACUUUUAAUUAAGUUGAAGUUUCUUGUUCAUUGUCAUAGUUUCACUUAUGAAUUUAUGUUUUUUUCCCCCAAAUUAAUCUUUUAUUUGGAGGGAGGGGUUCUCCUGUAAGAUAUGUUUAAGAUAUAUUGUAUGGGUAAAAAUUCUAUUGAGCUGUGGUUAAAUUGCCUCAGAAAAUACAAAACGCUUGUGAAGUGAAAUGUAACAGGAGAGAUCAAAUAAGUGAGGAGGAAAAAAAGAGAGAGCGAUAACAGAGCACAUGCUCAGACAUUAGUAGCAGAUCCCCGAUGUUAGUCGUUACUGGUGACGUUGCUUUUAGUCUUGGUUAACUUGGCCGAGAUAUGUUUUCUAGAAAAGGUUGUUGGGUUGAAGUCGGAAGAACAAAAAAAGAGAAGCGAGAAAGGCAAAGCUAGCAGCACAACACGCAGUCAUCAACAGAAAAAGUAGAAACGUUGAGAGGUGUUCUCCAGAGAUGCAUCAAGAAAUUCAUCUAUAUUGUGAGAGAUUCGAUACAGAUGUCCGUAUACAGUAAUCCCUCGUUUAUCGCGUUUAAUGGGGACCAAAACCACCCGCGAUAAACGAAAAUCCGCAAAGUAGCGACCAAUUAUCAUAUACUGUACAGGAAAAAAAAAGUCCGCAAACAGUCCACAAGAAGCUGCAAAACAACAGCGUACAUAGAGCAACAUAUACAGUACUGUACUCCAUGUAUAUCCUCCUGAGUACCAGUAGUUCAAAUUUGUCCUCUGUAGAGGACAUUUGUGAACCUAAAUAUCUCCCACCCAGUGCAUCCAAUCGCAUUAACUCCUUUUGUUACUCUAAAGAGGACAUUCAGUGCUUUCCAAUGAUUUUUGUAGGGGUUAGAAAAAGUAAGAAAAUGGCGUCCCUCCGUGCAAGCACUUUUUAUGGGAAGAGGAAAUGUAAUACUUUUUAUCAAACACAUUUUGUCUUGAAACGCUGUUGGCAUUUUAAUUAUAAGACUCUUAUGAACACGUUAAAGUGUUCUUUGAGUUGUUUUAAGUGUAUUUGAGCCUGUUUAAAAAAUGUAGUGGGAUUUCAAAAAUGUCUUUUGGAGUAGUCAAAUUACUUCACAUAGAUUGGGGAAUUUCAAAAUAAAUAUGAUUGGACAACAUUUUUCCGUGGUAGUCAGCAGGAUAUGAAUUUUUAUUUUAUUUUUAAUUUUUUUAUGAAUAUGUUUGGAAAAAUCCGCGAUGCACUGAAUCCGCGAUAAACGAACCGCAAAAUAGCGAGGGAUCACUAUAUUCCCAAAUGCGCUCCGUCAUCCACGACUGCUCAGACGGUGGAAAAAAAAGGUUCGUCGCAUUUUGCUUCUUUUCUGAUGACAAAAGAAAUAAACUACGAGGUGGGUAUAAAUAAUCGGAUGAAAGGAAGAGCAGAGGGGUUUUCCAUGAUUUAAAAGCACCCUCUUGUUAGGUUGUUUCUCGGGAGCAGUGAUAAUGUUCCUUAAUAAUCCUAAUAAACAUAGUUUGGUAUCGAGUUAAAUGAACUCAACUGGCAAUUUUGUACAGUACAUGUUGUUUUCACCGACCAAAACAUGUUAACUUCACAACGUAUCACUUGGAGCGGUCACGUUAACAUGAGUUUGAAAUGUAUACUGUCGAGAACGUGGGGGGGGGGGGGGGGGUCGCUAGGGAAAGACGAGACGAUGGCUAUUUUUCUUUAGAGUACAAAUAAGUCAUUUUAAAGAAGUCUAUAUUUUGUGAAAUAUGAAGGAGGAUUAUUUAUUUCAGAAUUUGUUUUACGAUAAUGGAAGGGGACGUUGGACGGUUUGGGGGUUUCAGAAAGGAGGCCUUCGAAGUUUAAUGUUCAAAAACAAUGUGACAGUGUUGAAAGUAUUAUUUCAUAUCGAGUUAGGCGGAGGCAAAACUUUCAAUGUUCAAAUUGCAGCGUGAGAAUCGUGGUUAUACUGACUCUGUUCAGUUUGUCGUAUAAAAAGUCGUCAUAUUGACUCACCUCAACAGGAUCGUCACGUGACUUCUAAUCAAUCAAUCGUAACUAAUUUUGCCACCGUUGAGAAUUCACGUUUGCUUGUCACAAAUCAGCCACUCAAUGUGACUUAAAUAUGCAUUGCAGCAAGGGCUUUUAUUCUUAACAGUGUAAUCCUAGUCAUCGAAAAAAGCCAUUGAAACAGUUGUGCUUGCUCUCUAUCUGCACUCUGUAGGUGUCUUGUCUAAUUCUAGGAACGUAAUAGAUUCAACUUGAGAAUGAAAAUCGCCAGUCCGCGGCAUGUUUGAAGCAAAAAAGUAGACAACAAUAACACGUAUAUUGCGAUUGAUUCAUAUUUUUGACAUUCAAUUUCCUUUGGACAUGAAAAGGAUCCAAAAAUCGCCCAAGAUCAGGUCAACUCUGCUUUAGGCGCAAAAUAGAACAGAAGACAGUUUGGAGUGUUUAUUACACUUUGAAGUCGUGAGCUGUCACUAACACCUUCUUUCUUUCAUUUUUAAUACUGUCUCUGGGUAGCCUCAGCAAUAACUGACCAGUUUUGUUUGAAAUGCAUUUUUAAAAUGAAGUUUACACGAUUCAAGUUUUUGUUUUUUAAUGACCAUUUGUUUUCAUGAUUUUACAGCCACGAAAAAGACCCAAGGUCUGCAUUUAACAAUGUUUACCGAUAUGUUUGCAGCCGUGAAAAAAAAUGCAGGUUGUUCGAAAUGUCGCUCAGAUAUAUAUAUAUAUUUUUUAUUUUUGUCUGUGUAUGCGGUCAAAACGUUUUUACAGUAGUACAUAGGGCAGCAUGACAAAGGGAAAGAUCUUAAAAUAGACAGCAUAUUAUAUAUACAGAUAUUUAUGAAGAGAUGUUUUAGGUGAGCAGGAGUCGGAAAGAGAAAAAACUAAGACAAGCUAUGAAAUCGGAUGGAGUGUUUUUUUGUUUGUUUGUCCAUGUGAAGAAUCAUGAGUGAAAUGGCAUGCAUGAAUUGACCCCAGAGGGAAAAAAAAGAGUCCACCCAACCCCUUCCCUUGACUUUUUGAGCCUCAUCGACACUCCACCACACGAGCUGGCAUUUUUUGGCGUUUGUUCUCAGUGUAAAUAGCGGAUGAGAGCCAGUCCACUUUACACAAUCAUGGCAGUUUAUGACAUGUUUUUAUUUUCAACAUGCAAAUGUCAGCAAUGAUAACAGAAGCAGGCAUGAGUGGGGGAGGAUGGUGGGGGGCCUUUUGCACACCACAUGGCAAGCACAAGGUAGAGCGUAUGCAAGCCUGAGCCUCCUUAUAGCCAAACGUGUGCUUUAAGCAUGUAUCAAAACAACUGCAACAGAGCUGAAGAUCAGUUCAAUAGCUCAAGGACAAACGGUUGCAGCAUUAUGUGCGUGGCUGGCUCGUGGCGACUGCUUUGUGAUCAUUUGGAAGCAAAAAAAAACUUGGAAUCUGAUAACAUAUUGGUCCGUGGAGAGUUUCUAUAAAUGUGGUGUUUGUAAGAUGAGAUGCAGUUCAAAACAAAAGGUGGGUUUACUUUUUCUGGCAUCCAUGUAAAUUUUGUGGUGGGCAGAUGACAUUUGGAGGGGGAAAUGGACAUUAAAUGUAAAAAUCAUAUUUAAAAAAAUGAUGAAGCUGGAUAUGGUAAACAAAACAAAAAAAAAGAGCCAAACAAUAACAACAACGUUCACUGUUGUAAGUGCAAUGAGCUAAACUUCCCGUUUUCCCCAUUGUAAAACCUUGUGUAUGUUUCCGUGUGUUCCUCCUGUAAAUGGGUGUAGUAGACCUGGUGCAUCAUGCCAUGUAAUGUGAUGAAUGACAAAUUAUGACCUUAAAAUAAAUUUCAAUCAAAUAAAAUAAAAAUACAUACAAAA